AAAUAAAAUGUAUUCGUCAGUAUACAGUAAAUCGACUUCGCAGAGAGGGAAAAUGAAGUCUCUGAAAAGCGUCUCUGGCCACAGCGAGAUAAUCUCAAUGUCUGGGUUAGAUAUUGCUGUAAAACCAAUCUUAGAGAUUAACACCCUAUUAUGAAAUAACAUUCUCUCUGUCAAAGGAUUGCUGACAGAUAAAUGCUUUGUAGUCGACCACGAAGAACUGAAAGAAGAAUUAGUAAUUAAGUGCAUCCCAGAAGAAGAGAACAUAUCACAGUGGAUCGGGCUUCCCUCGCAUACCAACAUAGUUACAGCUUACGAUGAAUUCAUGCAUGAUAAAUAACAAGUUCCAACUCACAGAGUUUUCUGGAAUUACCUCCAUUGAUAUGUAUCGAUACAUAGAAAGCAUGAGCUUGAAUCUUGCACUAAGCGUUCCUCGGAAUUAUCUAGAGCUAAUUUAUGACUGAGUUAUCCAAAUAGCUAUAGGACUUGAAUUUGCACAUGAUAAUAACAUUAUUCAUGGUAAUUUGAACUUAUCAAAUGUUCUUAUGGUCAGGGACGAAGAGAAUCCAAUUUUUAAAUUAAACAACCUCAAGCAUGGAAGCAUUAUAACUUCACCUCUCAAUGUUGAGGCAAACCAGUGGCCUUUUGGCAAAAAUAAGAAAAAUGUUAGUAUGAGAGAAAAGAAGGAACUACUAAUGCUCAAGGAUAUCUACUCCCUCGGUAUCUGCCUGCUGGAAAUGAUGAUCGGAAGGGUUAGUGAGAACCAAUACUCAAUUACGAUAGACUCACUCCCUCUUACAUGGGCUGAACUACCAGAAAGCACCCCGCUGAUUCAAGUCCUUGUUGAAUGCCUCAACAUAGACUCUAUUUCUCAAAGAAAGGGGAAGUUAUCAACUAUAAAACGGAUAUUAAUAUCAGAAUACAAAAAGUCCUUUAAGAAAUCUUUCUACAAGCUAGAGCACAUUUUCACUACUGACAAUCCUGAUAUCCUAAACAAAAGAGCGGUCUUCACUAAUUUCAAGGGAAAUGACAAACGAGCUGUGGAAUACUGGAAUGAAGCACUAGGAAUGAAGAAAUCUCACCAGGACUCAGUCAUCAACCUGCUUUUUCACAGAUGGAAGAGCGCACAAAUCUCAGACCAGGACGUAAUAGAGCUUAUUGAAAAAGUUGAUGCUAUCAACGAGAAAGACUCUAGUCUUAUGCUCAAGGCAUUAUUUAUGAUAGCUGUAGGCGAGAAAAGUGAUGGACUAGCUAUCCUCAAAAAGGUUUUCCAAGGAAUGAAAGCCCAAGCAGGAAAAGAAGAGACCAAAGAAGAACAAGACUCCAUGCUUGGUGGUAGAGAGACUCAAAAAGAUGAAGAGCUUACUACCUAUGGAAUAAAGUCUCAAGUGAUUCCUCUAUUCCACAGGAUUCAACUUGAAAAGGCAAGAUACUUCCAAAAUAGAACUAUUCCCACUGAUCAUGACAACCCAAUUAUGGAUAUCAGUAUCAGCUCAUUAUCUAAAUUCAUGGUCACAUCUUCCAAGGAUGAAGUAAUUGUCUGGGCUAUAAACCAAUCACCAAAGAAGAUUAUGAAAGUAGAAAUAGAAGAAAGCAAAGGCUUCAAUGUGAUGUCCUGUAUUGACUCUAAAGGUGCCAAUAUGUUUUCAUACAAGCAGUUUGAUGAUAAGAUUUCAUACUUCACACUUGACAUUGAGGAAGGUACUUAUGAAGAAAAAGCAUCAUUCAUGCUCCCUAAAGAGCUCAAUAGAGAACCGUUAGAGUCCCUUGCAGCUGAAGACUCAGUUUGUAUCACUGAAAUGUACUUCAUGAAUGAAUGCAAAACUUUGAGAUGAAUCCAAAAAGACAAGAGUGAAACAAAAUUUGCUGAUUAUGAUAUGGAAACAGGCAAAUCAGAAGUCAGGAAAGCAGAGAGCUUCGAAGAUAAAAGUAUUUUUAGGUUUGGCCUUACCUAUGUCCAACACCAUGAUACUUUUUCAGAGUUUAUUAAAAGACAACAAUCUCAUGGCAACAAGAUUUGUUUCCCUCAAAGUGAUUUCGAAUCUAUUGUUGUUCUUGAUAAAAAUCAUGGAGAUGGAGAACAUUUUCUUGUUUAUGAUAUUUUCAAUGAGAGAAUUAAGAGAAAAUUUAAUAAGCCAAAAACUUCAAACCAAGCUUUUACUGUAGAUCCUGAAUGCUCCUUCCUUAUUUACUCAAAGGGUACAAGUUUGGGAUUGUAUUCAUUAUCCAUUCCUGAAGAAAUAGGUUCCUUCAUAAAGCCAAUAUACUUCUCUAAAGAUCAUAACAGAAAUCCUGGAAGAAUUGUGAAAGAAAAAGACAGAUUGUGCGGCAAGAUUAUGUCUCUUCUGAAAUUAUACAGAAAGAACAAAUCUAAGAAAUUUUUGAUAAGGAUCAGGAAAAUGAUGCACAAAUGCUUUGAUAAUCCUCCUUUGCUCUCUUAUAACAAUGCUUUCCUGACUCUUUAUAAGACUCUAAUAGAGGAUGAUGACUUAUGUGAGCGCGUUGACAUAAUAAAAACUCAUCGCACAAUGAUUUUCAAUGAGAUCAAAUUCUCAAAUGACUUGCAUAAGAUUAGGAACAUUGCACUACCUACAAAUCCGGAUAAUAACUACCUGCUGUUAUCUAUUGAUGGUGUAAUCCACAAGUAUGAUAUAUCAACUAAGCAGUUGAUUUUCUCCUUCAAAGCUUCUGCUUACAGAACAAUGCAGAUCUUUGACAACGACACCAGGAUCCUAACUUGAGAUUCAUCAAUAGUAAAGUUAUGGCAUUUCGAGCAGGAUAAUGCUGAGCUAAUCACUAGUCUUCCCAUAGAAGACCCAAUAGAGCGGUUCUAUGCACCAAGAAGCAGAGUCAACAAAAAUGUAUACUUCGUGGGGAUUUUUCAAGACCAAAAUGGUUUCAAGGUUUAUAAAGAGAAACUAUCUGAGCAUUGGCACUGAAGAGAUAAAAUAGAAGUCACCUCCGUUGAUUUCUCAGUUGAUAAUUCCACUUUCUUCAUUGGCAGCAAGGAUGGUUAUCUGAGAAUCUAUGAUUUUAAGGAAAAGAAUGAAGUUGGCAUUAUGAAGGUUGGCAGAGGUAAAGCAGCCACAUUCAUCUCAACCAUAGAUGAGGAUUACGCUUGAGUUGCUACUCAAGAGCCUUCUGUCUAUAUUUGACCUCUAAUGGAUCCUAACAAAGACCCUUAUGAGUUGGAAACUCAUCAGUCUUUUGUAGUAUGCAUGAGGACUAGUCUUGAUAGAAAGCAUUUGGUCAUUGGCUACGAAGACUCUGUCAUAGAGUUCUGGAAAUAUCAUGAUAAUACUAAAAAUUUUGAACUUCUCAAAGAAAUCAAGGAAGAAUUUCAAUACUUUGAUAUUGACCCGCUUUGCUCCUCAAUGCUUAUCCUCAAUCCAAAGGGUAGAGAUAUAGAAUAUCAUCUGAUCGAGUGGGAAUGGGACACAUCUAAAAUUGAGGAUGAUCUUCAGAAUGUAGACUUAGAUUUUGAAAACAUCAGAGAGGAAGACCUAAUUGAUAAUUCUAAGCCGAAUAAAAAGCUAAUACCUUCAGACGGAAAAGGGAAAAAGAGAAAUCAAACCUCAUGCUGAACAAUAUUCUAACCUUUUUGCUAAAUGUUUCAAUA